UAAUUACAUUAGCUUUAGAUUACAAACCCGUCAAGCUUUUUUACCUUUCCUUUGUAUCUACGCCUUCAACUCCUUUUGAAAAUCCAUGCACUUACGGGAUUUUUACAUCACCCCCCCUGUCUUUCAUUUUUUUUUGUUUCUCCUGUUCUUACUUUUUCUCGCCAAACUCUCUUCCACCUUUCUUUCUGAAUAUUCAUGGCUGGUGGAAUUUGUGAUAUCAAGUACGAUGAGGAGUAUGUUUUUAAUGGUCGAGGGAUGAGGCUGUUUACUUGUAGUUGGGUUCCUCAGAAUCAAAAGCCCAAAGCUUUGAUCUUCAUCUGCCAUGGCUACGCUAUGGAGUGCAGCAUCACUAUGGAGAGCACCGCAACUCGGCUGGCAAAAUCAGGCUUUGCUUCUUAUGGCAUAGAUUAUCAAGGGCAUGGAAAAUCAGAAGGGUUGAAGGCUUAUAUCAGUAACUUCGACGAUCUUGUUGAUGAUUGUUCCACCCAUUUCACUAACAUAUGUGAGAGGAAAGAGAACAAGGGGAAGAUGAAAUUUUUGUUGGGAGAAUCCAUGGGAGGAUCCAUGGCUCUUCUUUUACACAGAAAGAAGAAAGAUUAUUGGGAUGGUGCUAUCUUGGUGGCGCCAAUGUGUAAGAUUGCUGAUGAAAUGAAGCCACAUCCUCUUGUUAUAAGCAUUCUCAACCAGCUUUGCAAGAUAAUCCCAACAUGGAAAAUUAUCCCAACUCAGGAUAUAGUCGAUGCUGCCUUUAAAAUGCCUGAGGUUAGACAAAAGAUUAGAGCAAAUCAACUCUGUUACAAAGGACGUCCCCGCCUAAAAACUGGGCAAGAACUUCUACGGGUUUGCUUAGAUCUCGAGCAGAAUCUUCAAGAGGUUGCUUUGCCAUUCAUCGUUCUGCAUGGGGAAGAUGACAAAGUGACGGAUCCAGGAGUUAGCGAGCAGCUAUGUAACGUAGCAUCCAGCGCUGACAAGACCUUGAAGCUUUAUCCAGGGAUGUGGCAUGGCUUGCUCUACGGUGAGCCGCUAGAAAAUAUAGAGAUUGUUUUCAGAGACAUUAUCAAUUGGCUAGAAAAGAGAGUUUCCCUGGGCCUGGAAAGCGAGCUUAAACAUGCUCAGGAUGAUUUCAACAACAAUGCAUAAAAGUUUACUUAUUCUAUAGAUAAAAUUGUGGUUCUGAUGGAGGUCUGGGUUCAAUCUUAAAGGUUAAUAAAAUUGAUGAAAUAUUAAAACUUAUAAAAUUGACUUAUUUAGUACAAUGAUUAUAAAUUUGAUCAUUAUACACCGAGUUUAUCCAUUUAACAAAUAUGGAAAGUCCGGGUACCCAAAAAAAAAAUUGUUAUAAUAUUUAAUUAUUGAAAGAAAUGGGGCUCAUGUCUAUCAUAGCUUUCCUUAAAAACUUGUUUAGCUAUUGUGUUUGUUGUAGUGUAAGAAGGAAUAUAAAAUGAAAACUAGAUAAAUCCAUACCAUUUUUUGCUUCCA